AUGGAAUUAAAUGAUUGCAAUUUUUCUAUUCAAGUAGACGACUCAACAGAUAUUGUUCAAAAAUCUCAAUAUAGCACAAUAAUUAGGUAUGUUAACUCUCAAGGAAAGCUAGUUGAAAGAUUUUUAGUAUUCCAUGAUGUAAGUUGUGAGCGAACAGCUGAAGCAUUGUUUACCCUAGUUACAAGUUGUCUAGAAAAAUACGACUCCAAAUCAAAACUUGUUGGACAAUGUUAUGACGGCGCUAGUGUUAUGUCAGAGCAAUUAGAUGGUUUACAAUCGAAGAUUAAGAAAGUAACACCAGAGGCGGUGUUCGUUCAAUGUUUGGCGCACCGUCUGAAUUUAGUCCUGUCUCAAAGCUAUAACAGCAUUUCGAAGUGUCGUAUAUUUUUUGCUAAUGUGAAUGGUCUGCCUUCUUUUUUUUUUCAUCAUUUAGCAAAAAGAACUCACGCCGCCGAUGUAAUCCUCAAUAAGCGAAUACCUACUUCAGUAGUUACAAGAUGGUCAUCUAAUUCUAAGAUUUUGAGUCUUAUUCAUAAUAAUUGGAAUUCUCUAAAACAAGUUUUCAUUGACAUUUUAAACGACCCAAAUUCUAAUAAGGCUUCGAUAAGACAGAGCCAGGGCUACUUAAAUAUGUUUAAUGGCUUUGAAUUUGUUCUUCUAGUUAUCAUUUUUAACGAAUUUUUUUCCAUCAGCGAUGUACUUUUUGAUGUAUUGCAGAAACGUUCUUUAGAUAUAAAUUACUGUGUAUCUCAAAUUAAAAAUGCGCAGAAUCAACUAAACACUAAAAGAAGUGAAGUUAUUUUUGCAAAUAUAAUUGAUUCAGUUUCCCUAAGAACAGAACUGCCCACUGAGCACCGUGAUGGGCGCAUAAGAUAA